AUGGCGUACCUAUAUAACGCAAACCCCCGCUACAAUCAACCGCCCGCGCAACACACCCAGCCUCCUGCGGCGGCGGGGGUCUACAGUCAGCCGCCCGUGACGACGCCGCUGCCUUACAACGCUCAAUACGCCCAAGGCGGCGUGCAACCCCCGAGCUCGACUUCUACCGGUGUGUACGCCCCUGUAGCUGACCAGAUGAACAACAACCCAGAGCUAAUGGAAUGGUUCCGCGCGGUCGACACAGAUGGUAGCGGUACUAUCAGCGUGCCGGAGCUGAGCACAGCACUGUCGUCUGCCGGUAUGCCGUUCAGCCUCGCCACAACGGAGAAGCUGUUGCACAUGUACGACAAAGAUGGAAGCGGCACGAUCAGCUUUAACGAGUUCAGGGAACUCCAUCAGUUCAUUAUGAACAUGAAGAACGGCUUCCGCCAGCGCGACUCUAGCGGUGAUGGUCGGCUCGACGGCAACGAGGUGCGCGCCGCCCUCACGGCGAGCGGUUAUCGUAUCUCGGAGCCGACGUUCCAAGCCUUGAUGCGCAAGUUUGACCGUCAUCGCCGCGGCAGCCUUGGCUUUGAUGACUAUGUGGAGCUCUCCAUCUUUAUUUCGAAGGUGCGAAACGUCUUCGCCUUUUACGACCGCGAGCGCACGGGGCAGGUCACAUUCACCUUUGACACCUUCGUCGGGGGCAGUGUCUCCAUCCUGUAG